UUUGCCAUAUGACCGGCUUGGGCGGCUGGGCGAGUUUCGCGGCUCGUCUCGCUGCUUCGAUCCGUUCCGUGGCUGCUGCUGUUGCUGCUGCUGGUUCCCUCGCCGCUUCGGCAUGGACCUGCCUCGGCUUAGCUUCCGACCGCCCUUCUACGGCUGUCUUCUCCUCCUGCCCCUGCUGCUCGACGGCCUGGUUGUUUUCCAGACCUACGCGGUAGAUUUGGAGGUGAAAGAUGACUCCAACAUGUCUUGCCUGUUUGCGAAAUGGAUGGUGAAAUUCUCGAUAACCUACGAAGGGACCGAUGAAUCGAAAACGGCUACGUUUAUGCUCCCGGAAGACCUGAGCUACAUCGGAACCUCUUGUGGGAAUGACACCUCGGGCCCCAUCCUUUCUAUUGAGUUUGGGGAUGGGAAUUCUUGGACCAUCCGUUUUACAAAGACCGAAGACACUUAUCAAGGAGUCAUUACCUUUAUCUAUAACACCGGAGAUUCGACCUUCUUUCCGGAUGCUAAAAGGAAAGAACGAAUAACCGUUGUGGCCAAUUUUCCUGCCAACCCGGUUCCGCUAAACACAGCGUUUAGUUGUGGCACUGAGGAUACUGUGAAAAGUGGCGAUGUCACCCAGACGUUCCAGAGUGUAACUCUGCAAGCUUUCCUUCAAGAUGGACGCUUGAGUAGCGAGAAGACUCUGUGUGAUCAUGACAUGACAACCACUGUUCCUGCGGUCAGCAGAUCGGGCAACGCCGGCACCGCAGAGUUAAAUGCCACAGAAACGCCAUCGUCUCCCACCAUCCAACCAGAGGAGAAACCUGCCCCGGGAAGCUACACCGUCAAAACUGGCCCGGUGACCUGCAUUUUGGCAAACAUGGGUUUGCAGCUGAACGUCACCCAACAGGUUACCACAAUAAUCAACUUCAAUCCAAACAGCACGGUGGCCUCUGGUAAUUGUGGCAAGACAACCGCCGUGCUUCGGUUGAGUGACGGUAACACUAAGAUUGAUUUCCUCUUUGCUGUGAAAAAUUCUACCUCUUCGGAAAAAUUCUAUCUGAAAGGAGUGGAUAUCAGUAUGAUGGAAUCGCUAAACGCUACCUUUUUGGCCUCAAAUCACACCCUCGACAACUGGGAAACCACCUUGGGAAACUCCUACCUGUGCCGAAAAGAAGAAUCGAUUUUCGUAAGCCCUGGCUAUAAAAUAAACAUCUUUGAUUUAAAGAUCCAGCCAUUUGAAGUGGAAGAAGGGCAGUUUUCAGCAGCUGAAGAUUGCAUCCCAACGGUCGACAACUUCUUUGUGCCACUCCUGCUGGCAAUAGCCUUGGUAGGCUUAAUUUGGCUGGUGGUGAUGGCAUAUUGUACCAAAAUUCGGCAUCGUGCUGGCUAUAGACAGAUCUAGAGGCGGAACACCGAUGCAGGGUGAAGCCUUCCCUUUUCAAACCGCCAAGGAGGAAGGAUUUGUGGCCUGAAAGGUGUCAUGUCUCACAUGUGUUUUGUUCUUUUCACACAAAAAAACCCGCACAAAAGAGGUGUUCUUACUGACAGAAAGACGUUGGGGUUAAUGGUUGUUGGAUUGGCAGCUUAUUAUAUGAUAAGCUUAGAAGAGACUUCUCCUGAAUUUGGAUUUAAGCCAAUAGAAGCGUAGAAAAGGACCUGCCCAUUUUAAGGGGUGAUUUAAAUGUGGCCAAUACUGUAUAACCUUCAUAUGUUCAUAGCAUCAUUUUUGGUCGGGCUCCAAAAGGAACAGAAAGAAGAAUUAUACUAAAAAAACGUAAGAAAAAAAAGAGAUGCAGGGGGCUUGCUUCUGAAAUAUAUAUAUAUUUCAUUCUGUACACCGUUACGAAAAAGCGUGUUUUUGAAACGGGGAGUUUUGUAAAAUGCUGUUGAUGUCACUUCUCUACAACUAAAGCGGGUUUUUUUUUUAAAAAAAAGGUUUUUAUUUUUAUUUCUCAUACACAUAUUUGAAUGCACAGUCUCUUACCCAUCGUUUUCCAUUCAUCCUUAUCUUUUAACUUUCAUUUUUCGUUUUUUGAGGGUGUUGAAAUACUGUAGCCUGCAUUUGUUUUCUCCGCUGCUUCGGUUCAACCACCUUGCAAAGAAGCCAACCAGAAUUUCAAACAUACAUACAUACAUAAAUACAUACAUACAUAUGUAUGUAUGUAUGUAUGUAUGUGCAAAGCCACGGUUUAUUGAAAAAGGCUACAUGUUCUUCGUCGUCAUAAACCAACAACCUGGUUUAACCAGCCGCAUGGAUCAGGCUGGGAUGGGCGAUUAACCAUUCUGGACCUUGUCUAUCUAUCUGUCUACCCACAAGGUCAGCUACCGAGAACUGCAGAUUAGGAAUUAUGCAGAUUAAGAGAGGGACUCCUCUAAAUUAGUCCUGUCUGGUAAGUUUUCAGUUGGGAAACCCCAUCAACCAGAAAGACAACUUAAGAGCCAAGUGGUUAAGACCAACCCACCAACCCGUUGCCCAACAUAAAUUAAAUUUAAGAAUACUACCACCAUGUUUUCCCCAAAAUAAGACCGGGUCUUAUAUUAAUUUUUGCUCCAAAAGACGCAUUAGGGCUUAUUUUCUAGUUAGGGCUUAUUUUCGGGGGGGAAAUACAGUACUAAACGCCUCUGUCUGCUGACGAUCUUAACUGGGGCUUAUUUUGGGGGGUAGGGCUUAUAUUACGAGCAUCCUGAAAAACUAUGCUAGGCCUUAAUUUCCGGUUGGGUCUUCUUUUCAGGGAAACAGGUUAUUUGCUCUUUACCUGCCAAUACUUGCUUUGGUCACUAACUAACCCUCUGUCUCUUGUUUUGUUUUGUUUUGUUCUCUCCCAUCUUUAUCUCCGCAGCUGAAGAAUGUAGAAGCUCUGACAUUCUCUUUGUCAUCCCUAUUGUGCUGGGUGUGCUAACUGGUGUCUUGGCUAUUGUUGGCUUUAUCUUUUUCAUGGUUUCCAAACGCAGGCGUCAAGGGGAUUAUAAUCCUGUGUAAAUCUCCCUUCCCUUUUUCCCCUUUCCCCUUCCCUUCCCCUCCUUCCCCCUCAGUCCAUUUUCUUCCUUUUAUUUCUCCCUCCACAUUUAUGUGAUACUCGGAUGUUGAUGUUUUUGAAAAUUAAAA